AUGGCUGCCCAUAAUCUUUUAGAAAAUGGGCUAACAUUCAUUGAAACAUUGAAAAAGAACAAGAAGGAAAUUCCUCUGGAUUUUUUGCCCAACAAAUUGCGAGAAAUUAAAAAUUGUCUUUUCAGAUUUCAAGAUGGCUUCUGUCUUGUUUCGUGCCAAACAAAAAAGAGCAAGGCUAUGCUUUUCCUGUCGUCAAUGCAUGAAACUGCUGAAAUCGACACCACUACAGGCAAGUCUGUUGUAAAUUUUGACUACGCUGCAGCAAAAGGUGGAGUUGAUACUGUGGAUUAUAUGUGUACAUCCUACUCUUCAUAA